UCGUAAGGGACCCAGAAGUCCAGCCCUAGAUUUGUCCACGCCAGUUAGACAACAGGGAGGUAUGGCGAACCAAGACAGCUUCCACCUGAAAUGCCGUGAAGCCAAACAUAGUGACUACAACGCUGUGAUGAAGAUAGCAUCAGUAGAAACUGUUCGGGACGGGUUUGACUACCUGCCCGCCAAAUUCCACCAAUGGGUGGAUGAUCCGGAAGCCUAUGUAUUAGUAGCGGAAGCUGACAACAAAGUGAUUGCCGUGUAUGUGUGUUACAUGACUGAUGGCGGUGCGUAUCUGUUUCACAAAUCCAUACGGAUCGCCCCGAAACUGCAGGGGAAGAAGUUACUGACAAGAAUCGGAUUUGAACUCGAAAAAGCGCUGCAGCUGCGUCUUCACCCUAGGCUGCUGCAUCUCGAGCGACAUGCCAUUGCGGACGUCAAGCGACUAUACCUUUUGAAAGGCAUGAACAGGAAGGACAUCUGUGUAAUAGCAAGUAUCCAUUUAUUCACUGUUUCACAUGUAUUGCACUAG